AUGUUCCGCACCGCCCUCCUCAGAAUGCCGGCCGUUGCCCGGCCUGCCGUCCGGACCGUGUCAAGGGCCUCGAGAUUAGCCAUCCCCGCCAGAGCCGCUGUUGCUCCUGCCACAUUCGCGCCGCGGGUCGCCGCCUGGAACGCCGUCCGGUGUUAUGCUGCCGCUGGUGGCCUGAAGAAGGAGGAGGUUGAGGGCCGCAUCAUGGGCCUGCUGGCUGGUUUCGACAAGGUCAACGACCCGAGCAACAUUAAGUCGACGGCACACUUCGCAAACGACCUUGGCCUGGACAGCUUGGACACCGUGGAGGUUGUGAUGGCCAUCGAGGAGGAGUUCAGCAUCGAGAUCCCCGACAAGGACGCGGAUGCCAUCCACAGCGUUGACAAAGCAGUCGAGUACAUCCUAAACCAGCCCGACGCCCACUAA